AUGUCUCCAACCGACAAAAAUAAAGAUACCAAUUCUCGUCACCGAUCCUUCAAGGGUUGCUGGACCUGUAAGAAAAAGCGGAUACAAUGUGACGAAAUACGUCCUGCAUGCACCAAAUGCACUUCACGGGGAAUAAUUUGCGAGGGAUACGAGAUCCGCCUGCGGUGGGGUGCUGGUAUCGCGUCUAGGGGGAAAUACUCGGGCGCUGAGAAACCGGUCAAAGAAUCUAUACCCCCUCGGUCAAAACGGCGGUGGGACAUGCGUGGCAAGGGUGAACAUUUCCCUCAAGGUGACGGCCAAGGUCAACCUAUACUCGUUCCCCAGCACACUUUGAAAGGUCAAGACCCGCCGCAUUUAGUUGCGCAGCGAGCAACGGUGAAUAUACUCAACUCGCCGUGGGAGCCGGACUCCCCGGAGCAUAUUACCGCAAUCCACAAGCAUUUUGAGAUUCCUGUAUCUUUAGCCACGUUGGCAGAAGCGACUGCGCACAUGCAUAGUCCGGGGAAGGUUCAACAGGCCAAUAUAUCAGGGCGUCAGGCCGACGGAGUAUCUUGGCUUGAACCAACUCUAAAUCUCGAUUCUUCAAUAUUUUAG